AAAUUGAGGGUGCUCUACACCCUUUAUCACCGAAAAUGCUUCUCCGACGAACCACCGCACUUCUCUUCAAAAACCACCACACCGUUCAACCACUCCGCCGCCACAUCACCACCAAUCCCAUCACACCGGUAAACCGCGAAGAACUCCUUAAAGUCUGCACCAUUCUCUACCAACAACAAAACUCACCCGAUUCACGUCUCCAUUCAAAACUCACCUCUUCCAAUUUCAAUCUCACCCAUGAAUUCUUCCUUCAAGUUUGCAACAAUUUCCCUUAUUCAUGGCGACCCGUUUAUCGCUUUUUCCUCUUCACACAGCAAGAAAAAAACUCAUCUUUCACUCAUACACAUGUUUCUUUCAAUAAAAUGCUUGAUGUUGUUGCAAAGUCUCGUAAUAUUGAUCUUUUUUGGAGUCUUGUUAAUGAAACGGCGCGUCGUGGUUUGGUUAAUAAUAAGACAUUUGUGAUUGGUUUGAAGACUCUUGGUGGUGCUAGAGAGUUGAAAAAGUGUGUGGAGUUUUUUCAUUUGAUGAAUUUGAAUGGUUAUGGUUAUAGUGUUGAGAGGUUGAAUAAGGUUGUUGAGGAAAUGUGUAAGGUGAAGCUUGUUGAGGAAGCGAAAUUUGUUGUUUUUAAGAUGAAGGAUUUGAUUAAGCUUGAUGGGGUUAGUUAUAAGUGGUUGAUUAGUGGUUUUUGUGAAAAAGGUGAUUUGAUUGAAGCUUCUAAGAUUUGGAAUUUGAUGGUGGAUGAAGGUUUUGUACCUGAUGUUGAUGUUGUCGAGAACUUUAUGGAGACGUUUUUUAAGGUGAAUCAGUUUGGUGAGGGUUUGAAGCUUUUUCAGACGAUGAGGUUGAAGAGGAUGGAUGAACUUGGUGUUUCGACUUAUAGGGUUGUGAUUAAGUGGUUGUGUAAAAAGGGGAUGAUGGAUAAUGCUCAUGAGGUGUUUGAUGAAAUGUGCGAGAGGGGUAUUCGAGUUGAUAGUUUGACAUUGGGUUAUGUUGUGUAUGGGCUUUUAGCUAAGCAUAGGGUUAGAGAGGCUUAUCAAAUUGUGGAGAAGAUUGAUGUUGUGGAUAUAAGUGUUUAUCAUGGAUUGAUAAAAGGGCUUUUGAAAUUGAGAAGAGCAAGUGAAGCGACUCAAGUGUUUAGGGAAAUGAUAAAGAGAGGUUGUGAACCAACUAUGCACACGUAUAUAAUGCUGUUGCAGGGUCAUUUGGGGAGAAGAGGAAGAAAAGGGACUGAUCCUCUUGUGAAUUUUGAUUCUAUUUUUGUGGGUGGUAUGGUGAAAGUUGGACAUUCAAAGGAAGCUAUUAAGUAUGUGGAGAGGGUGAUGAACCGAGGGAUGGAGGUGCCGAGGUUUGAUUAUAACAAAUUUUUGCACUACUUUUCAAAUGAGGAAGGUGCUGUUAUGUUUGAGGAGGUAGCGAAAAAGUUGAGGGAAGUAGGGUUGGUUGAUUUGGCAGACAUACUUGAGAGGUAUGGACAGAAGAUGUCAACUAGAGAUAGGAGGAGAAAUAGAUUUCCAAUAAUUGAAGAUGCUAAUGAAAUGGAUGACAAACAGGUCAUGUAAAUAUAAAGGUUAUAUGAUUGAUUUAAAGAAACUAAAGUUGGUUGGAAAUGAAGCAUUAGAUUUAUGAAAUGUCAGCAUUUUCUAAGCUUAGUGGUAGUGGAGAAAUCUGACUUGAAAGAGGUAUAUGAUUAACGUAUAUAGCCUUUAUAAGUUUAUAUAUCUGUAUGUUAUCAUUGGAUUUCAAUGUUA